AUGGAGUCCUCCUCAUUCGACCCCGAAACUGGUAUUCGCGUCGUUAUCAAGCCCUCGCAGCCCUCGUUCUUUGCAGGGGAGCCGUUCUCCGUCUCCAUCACAUUCGUGAACACCCACCCACCACCUCAAAUCCACAAUGGUUACAAUAAUUUCCCGGCAUCUUCUUCCGUAGGCUACUCGCCGUUAUCAUCGAAGCACCCAGCCUACCCCGUACAGUCGCAGACCAAUUCACAUACGCGAUCUUACUCGUAUUCGCAAACCGCGUUACCCAGCCCAACCCUCCUGGCCAACCGGAAUGGGAGUGCAAGUGGAAGUACACAAAAUGUAUCGACGAGGAAGUUCCACCACAAACGAGGGGCGCACUCGAUUAGCUCUGCACCAUUGGCUCGACCACCGACUUCACCUGGCACACCUCGGUCCCCUGUCAUCAUCAAUACACCCUCAUUAAUGGCGAGAGCGAAGAGUUUUAGUGGAGAUGACAGAGCUUCGAGGAAGGGAUUGGUCGGAAUCGGCGGUGGAGGGGGAAUCAAGGCGGGCGGACCAAUCUCCGGGUCAUCAUCGUCAACCUCUUCGUCUUCAAAAAACGACGUCCCCAACGGCCCUACCGAGGACAGCGCGUCUACCCAAAUCCCUAGUAUAACCAAGGACAAGGACAACCCACUCCCCGAGCUCAUCGAACAAAGGCGGAAACGACAACUUGGGAAAUCGCUAUCUGUAUCCGUAGUCAACCCCACCGAAUUCGAUGUACGAGCACCACCCAGCCCCUCAACACAACACGCCCAACCUACGCAGCCGCCACCACAACCACCUCAUCCCAAACGCACACACACCCUCGCCCUCUCACAAAGCCAUCCUCACGCACGGAAAAACUCGGUUCUCGAUGGCGACGUGGAUUUCGCUUCUUUAGCCUCCCACCCCAACUCGCCAUAUCAACCAGGGUUCCCAUCAGCACCAGGACCCUCUACCGGGCCAUUGCCUUAUUCAGGGCAGCAGGCUCCAAACGCGUCGGGCAGCUCUGUUUCGCUAUCCCUGGACUCGAUUUCCGAAGGACCAAACGCGAAUGGACAUUCAUAUCAUGUCUAUGCCUAUGGAGGCAAUCCGUCGUACCCCAACACUCCGAUGGUUGGGGCCCCUUACAUGGAGUCUGGGGCCUCGAUGCCCAGCGGAAGAUUUCCAGCGGGAUCGCUUGGGCUGGGAUAUCCUAGCCAGGCACCAGGAAGAAGCCACGGAAGAGAACUUCUUGAUGUCCCCCAAACUGCACCUUUCCCAUUCUCGCGACACCCCUUUAGCCCUGACGACCAAACGCACCCAGAAAACGACAGCAAGGAGUUGAUUCUUUACUCAUAUGCACAGUUACUGGGACAUGUCAAGAUCACGCCUCUUGUUCCGGGGACGGCUGGUGUCCCGGUUCCACCACCGACGAAGGAACAGAAAGAUAAGAUGCAGGAAGUAAGGGAGGGAUUGCUCAAGAAGGGCCCUGGGGGCGUUUUGGGAGGAGGGAGCAUGGAGAUCAACUCUCUCGUGGCCCUAAGUGGCGGAUCCGCUUCGAGUUCGGGGUCGAACAGACGGGGCGGUGUCGGCGUGAGGAGAAGCAGCGAGAGUGCUGGAUUUGGUGGUUGGGACAGACCAGGACGACCGGGGAGCAGAGCGCCGGGUCAAGGGCAUGCCAGAUCAGCUUCGCUGACAGCCAAUCUUUUCUCGUUACUUUCUCCGGCCAACUUGAUUGGAUUUGGGAGCCCGUCUGAAGAGGGAGUGGAAGAGGAGGUCGAACAACGGAGAGAUCCAGGUGUGCAUGGACAAGGGCUUCCACCUCAAACGGCACCACCGGGUUCAACAUGGACAGUUCGAUCACCAGUACCCCCUUCACCACUAUCAGCUUCAUCCGGACCAGACGGUGACGAUGACGAUGUGCACCAGAACUCACAACCUCGAGCACCUCCACAUUCGGCGGGACUGGGCCUGGGGCUUGGGCUUCCAAGUGUGGGUCCAAGCACCGAGAAGAUCCAUUACCACCAGCGGACGACAACCAUGGUUCGGAGUGUAACACGAAGUAGUGCUGCUAGUACUGUCACUAGCACUCAUUCGAGGCGGAGCAGUAUUAGUAGUUUCUUUGGGUUUGGCGCGUCGACCAGUUCGGAGACGUCAUUGUCGCAUCUCGAUGGUGAUUCUACUUUGAGUGGCGGGAGCGGUUUCUUGACGCUAGGGAGCGGCCGUGGGGGCAUCAGUCAAGAGGAGGAAGAGAGAAAGAAAUACGAAUAUGACAGCGACGUCCCUCUUCCAACUUUGGAGACGCAGCCGGCGAUGUUGGCGGUAGAUUUGGUCUUGCGUCCUGGUGAAGAGAAGACCUAUACCUACACGCUUACUCUUCCGGAUAAUCUACCGCCGACAUUCCGUGGCAAGAGUCUCAAAUUCUCCUAUGAGUUGGUUGUGGGUCUGUGUAGAGCAGGGAACGGCAAGAACAACAUCAGCAAGCUCAUGAAAGUUCCUAUACGGCUCUAUAACAGUGUCUUUGUGGACCGACCGCAGCGACCUUACAACCUCCUCUGGCCUAUUCACAAGAGGAUGGAUCUUGCCAUGCCAAGUUCGCAAGCCAAAGUUGUCGAAGAGCCAUCCAGUGCAUCGACCUCAGGCUCCUUCUCCGCUGGUCCUGCGAGUGGCAAAGGCGGAAGGCCUUCGCCACCAUCGAGUGCGAAACCGAAGGGUGUGGACAGCUCAAAGGGAAACGCGGGUCUUGUGGAGAUUAAAGGAUAUGCGAAGAGGCUACUGGCUGCUUUACCCCCACCACCGCUGGAUUCGAAGAACUCUGAGGAGUCUCAGCCGAACCAAGCGGCCGAAGAACAUGCGAAUGCGACAUCUGGGGGAAGUCCAAAACCUUCGGAGGCGGAGCAGGAAAGGGCGCGACGAGUUGCACAAGCGGCUGCCCUUCGCCAGGAGUUGGAUAGGGAGAAAGAGGAUUCUGACGAGCCGGCCAUUGGAUGUCGAGAGGCUGUGGAGAUUCUCACUCGAACUUCCAGGAAAGCCUCAUACGACGUGAACAAGGAUGGUGUCAAGGUUGCGGUUCUUACGUUCUCCAAGAGCUCCUUCCGGUUGGGAGAGACGGUCUCUGGGGUGGUCGAGUUGAACGAGAGGAAGGGACGGGCAAGAGUGCUGCAACUCUCCGCUUUCCUGGAAGCACACGAGGCGUUGCCUUCAUCGAUAGCACCGACCGCUUCCAAUCGCCAUCUGAAGAGAACGUAUGCUGAACAUUAUUCCUCAACGUUGAUCAACACGUUGCGGACGGCGUUCUCACUCGACAUUCCGUCCGAUGCUUGUCCAGCUUUCCAGGCGUCUGUGGGUACACCGAGUCUAUCCACUCCUCCACAGCAGCGGGAGCAACUGGGUGGGGUAGAGUGGAAGGUGCGGUUGUGCCUCCUUGUGGCCAUCGCCAGUGAGACUGCGGACACUGGGACGGAGGGCGUGAGGUUCAAGAGCCUUGUCAGGGAUGGGCCUAGGGGAGAGUGGGGAUCCUCCUGGAAAGCUAUGGAACUCGUCAAACCGUUGGAGAAAUCACGGUUCGGUUCUUCGACAACCUCCUUCCUCUCCCCUGGUUCUCCCACCUCGCCUUACGGAAGCGGUGGGAAGUCGGCAUCGAACAGCUCGUGGACUGCCUUCUUCACGUCGUAUCUCUCCCCCAGCACUGAGAGGGAGUAUCACGAUGGAGAUGAGCUUGACAGCGAUUGGCAUAGUUCGAGGCGACCCAGUCGAGAUACCGCCAGCCAUACCAAUCUCUCGGCUCACACAUUUGACACUUCGAGUACAGGGGAAAGUCAGGUCUACGAUGGAGUGAAACCCGAUCCGGGUGGUGGUGUGGGUAUGGGUGUGGACUUUGAAGGUGGUGAGGAAGGGUGGAGGGAGGUCAAGAUCGAGACGGUUGAAUGCGAGGUUCCUGUCCGGGUUUGGCCUGGGAACACCGCGUUUAGGGCUGUGGAUGUCGUUUUUGAGGUUUGA